GAGUGGCGCCCUCGCGAUAUGUGGGAUUGAAACCAACUGAGUUGACAACAAAUAUAUUUGCCGCAGAAGUGAUUUUUUGUGACCAAAAAUCCAUGAGAGAAAUACGUAUUUUCGUAAAUCCUAGUGUGGAGUGAGUAAAAUAUAAUAAUUUCAGUGGAUUGGGUUGCAAAGGAAAUUAUGAAGAGACGAAAUGCUGAGAUUGCUAAAAUGAGAAGGCCUAUGAAAAAGAACAAAAUUACAGAAGGAUUUUAUGGAAAUGCAUUCGUCUACCUGAAAUUCGUGUGCAUUUGGCUCGCAGUGAUCGUGGCGGACUUCCUAUUGGAAUUUCGUUUCGAAUUCCUCUGGCCGUUUUACCUCCUCCUCCGAUCCGUAUAUGACUCUUUCAAAUAUCAGGGGCUGGCCUUUUCGAUAUUUUUCGUGUGCAUUGCAGUAAUGACCGACAUGCUAUGCUUCUUCUUCAUACCAGUGCACUGGUUAUUCUUUGCGGCGAGCACCUACGUGUGGGUGCAGUACGUAUGGCACACAGAUAAGGGCCUUUGCGCCCCCACGAUGAUCCUCUGGGUAAUGUUCGUCUAUCUGGAGGCUGCGAUUCGGUUGCGCGACAUCAAACACAUGCCUGGCCACUUGGACCUGUGCAGGCCUUUCGCGGCGCACUGCAUAGGCUAUCCGGUGGUGACGCUCGGCUUCGGCUUCAAGUCAUACGUCGGGUUCAGGAUGAGGCAGCGGAAGCAGCAAUUCGUCGCAAAGGAUAACCUUUUUUACAUGCAGCUGAUGCAGCAGGCGUUGCCCGUGGACGAGUCCUCCACUGCGGAGCAGGUGGAUGCUACUACGUCGACAGCUGUGGUGCCAGCGCAGCCCAUACUGAAUAAUAAUAAUAAACUACCAAGUAGCAG